AAAUAGCGGAUGUGCACUUCAGACCGGCAGAUUAUCAGCUCAACGUGUCCUGUGGACGUCCUGAACGGACCGACUAUUUGCCCUUGAACGGACGAGACUCUUAUACUUCAACCUGCGGCGGGACAGACUCGUCAACCGUCUCUUUUCUUUUUGAAAAACCUUUAUUCAUUUUUUAAUAAAAGCGUGUUCUGCGCAGCUCUCGAGGUCCCGAGGAAUGCCCAGAGAGCUGACACAGAACAGGAUCCAAAAGAUCUGGGUUCCCACCAAGGAUGACAAGCCGGCGGCGCCCCGCAGAGCAACGGGUGCCCCCCAUUUUGCCAACCCCCAGACCGUCAUUGUGAUGGUUGGCCUGCCAGCUCGGGGUAAGACGUACAUCUCCAAGAAGCUCACCCGCUACCUCAACUGGAUCGGCUUACCCACCAAAGUCUUCAACGUGGGAGAGUAUCGCAGGGAGGCGGUCAGGAACUACAGCUCCUUUGACUUCUUUAAGCCUGAUAAUGAAUGUGCCGUGAAAAUCAGGCAACAGUGUGCCUUAGCAGCCCUGAGGGAUGUCAAAUCCUAUUUGAAGGACGAGGGAGGUCACGUAGCGGUCUUUGAUGCUACAAACACAACAAGAGAAAGGCGAGACAUGAUCCUGACGUUUGGCAAUGAGAAUGGCUUCAAGAUCUUUUUCAUCGAGUCUGUGUGCGACGAUCCCAGCGUCAUUGCGUCAAACAUUAUGGAAGUGAAGGUGUCGUGUCCAGACUAUCGGGACUGCAACAAGACAGACGCCAUGUUGGAUUUCCAGAGGAGAAUUGAAUGCUACAAAACCAGCUACCAGCCUCUGGACCCCGAUCGGCACGACAAGGAUCUCUCCUUCAUCAAGGUGAUUGACGUAGGUCGAAAGUUCCUCGUGAACCGAAUCCAGGAUCACAUCCAGAGUAAGAUCGUCUACUACCUGAUGAACAUCCACAUCCAGCCGCGGACCAUUUACCUGUGUCGGCACGGCGAGAGCACCGACAACCUGGAGGGACGGCUCGGUGGUGACUCCGGCCUCUCACCACGGGGAAAACAGUUUUCUGUUGCGCUGGCUCGGUUUGUGGAGGAGCAACAGCAGCAGGAUCUGAAGGUCUGGACCAGUCAGCUGUGUCGCAGCAUCCAGACCGCCGAGCACCUGGGAGGUCCGUACGAACAGUGGAAGGCGCUCAAUGAGAUCGAUGCUGGGAUCUGUGAGGAGAUGACGUACGACGAAAUGAAGGAGAAGUUCCCAGAAGAGUUUGCUUUGAGAGAUGAAGAUAAAUACUACUAUCGCUAUCCUGCUGGAGAGUCCUACCAGGACCUGGUCCAGCGAGUGGAGCCCGUCAUUAUGGAGCUUGAGAGGCAGGCGAAUGUUCUGGUUAUUUGCCACCAGGCCGUCAUGCGCUGCCUGCUCGCCUACUUCCUGGACAAGAGCGCAGAUGAGAUGGCGUACCUGAAGUGUCCACUCCACACCGUGCUGAAGCUCACCCCUGUCGCUUAUGGCUGCAAAGUGGAGUCCAUCUCUUUGAAUGUGGACGCAGUCAACACCCACAGAGACAGACCUGAGGAGGUCAAGAGAGGUCCUGGCACUUUGAUCAGGAGGAACAGCGUGACUCCUCUGACCAGCCCCGAGUCAAUCAUCAAGAAACCUCGCAUCGAUGACCUGGACGAAGCUCUGAUCCAGGAGAUGCCACCGUCUGUUUCCUCUCUGGCCCUCUGCAGCCCCUCACACCUCCCUCUCACCCUGACUGGAAAGCACUGGCUGGGCAAAGUUUGCCUAACUUGAGGAGGAGCUCGUCUGGUCGCCAUGACGUCCUGCAGCUCUGCCAAUGAAAUUGCACCGAUGUGUCGCGAGGCUCCAGCGGCCAGCGAGAGUAUCACUAAUGAACACAAACAAAAACAGCAUCUCAGUCGUGGACAUCACCUCUUAUUGUUUAUUGUUUCCCCCCAUGUUACUUCAGACAGAGGAGUCUGUGUUUUAUAAACUGGGGUGUGUACACCUCAUUCAGUUUGAAGGAAGUAAUCACACAAUUAUCAAAAUGAAAUGGCUUUCAGGGAAACCGGUUAAAAAACCUGACCCUCACACCCAAAUCAAAUUGUCAACCAGGUGUUCAUGUUUGUAUUGUUGAUGAUCAGAGGGAAAUCAGAUUAUGUUUCCACAUGUUUUUCCAGAAUUUGGCAUGUUUUGAUUGAAUUGACACUACAAAAUGAGAUGAUUUGCACAGAAGGGAUAUGGAUCUCUAUUUUAAACCUUUGUUUGGUUUAUGCGUCACUGUCUUUUUCUUUUUUCACAAUGAAGGGGGUGAUUCGUCUUUUUCUUGUUUUGCCAUAGAGUGCCUGUAGUGCUUGUUUUUCCAAGCCUGUCACUGCUUCUCUUGCUAUUUCUCGUAACUCGAUUGCUUGAGGAGAGGCACCACAUUUCACCUAAUAACUCCACGUCACAGGUCUAUUAUUUAUUUUUUAUCUGGUGCAGUUUCAGUGCUAAAUUACGUGUCAAUUAUUUAACAAAGUUCUCUCUUGAGUUCCUUUUGCUGUUGUUGUCCACAGUGCUCACUUAUAUUUUGUCGACAACAAUGCGUGCUGUUAAUAAUAUCCUUGUAAAUGUUAGUGUACAUACAGGAAAGGACUCUGAAGUGUCUUUUAAUGACUGAAGUGUUAUAGUUUUUGUACUAAUGUGUUGGGACUGAACGCAGAGCGUCUGCUUGGGUCAAAGCUGCUGUAAACUCUUUUGCUCGAGAUACUUGAAUUUUUUUUUUUUUUAACUAUUUUAUUAUUCUCUUAAUUUAUUUGUAUGUAGAUUUUGAACGAGUGCUUGUUUUAAUCUGAGUACUAUGCAUGAAAGAGAGAGAGAGAGAGAGGAUGAGAUGUUGUUCACUUGACUUUGCUGGACCAAUAAAUUCACUCCAGAGAAAAAACAAUGUUUUUUUUGUUU